GCACUCCUUUUGGAGGGCCACGUUUAUUACGCGGCGUAAUAAAUUCACAUUUCAAGUUAUUCUGUUUACAGCGUAAACAGAAAGGUGGGCCACUGCAUUUCGAUCGCCUUCUGCGGCAACAAUUACAAGCGAUU